AUGAAUAAAGGGUUCGUGAGGGUUCUGGCGAUCAACGCCGCCGUAAUCGUCUCGAAUCUGUACGACUCCGCCAAGCAGAAUUCCGGUGCGUACAAACCCACCUUCGAGAAGGCUGAAAACGCCGUCACGGCCGUCGUGAGCCCAAUCUACGGCAGAUUCAAAGGCUUUCCGGGCGAUGUUCUUGUUUUCCUCGACAAAAAGUUUGACGAGGCAACUCACAAAUUCGACGAGUCUGCCCCACCUGCCGCCAAGACUCUUGUCUCAAAAACCCAAUCAGUCAUCAAGAAAGCAACUGAACUAGUUCACGAGCUGGCGGAGGAAGCCAAAGUCUCCGGCCCACUCGCUGCCAUUUCCCAUGCAGGAAAAAUCUCCAAGAAGGCGGCAGUUAGCCAUCUUGUGGCAGUGUGGUAUAAGGCUAACAAGCACCCAACUUUACACGGUGUGUUUGAGAUUAUUAUUCCCACAGCCACUCACUGGUCAGAAAAGUACAAUCAGGUGGUCAAGGACCUGAGUGCAAAAGGGUACACUCUUUUGGGUUAUGUACCUUUGGUCCCGGUUGAGGAAAUUUCCAGGGCGUAUAAACAGGUGGAAGAAGCUGAGGGAAAUGAAGCCGAGACAGUUGACAGCAGUAGCGAAAGUGAGUCGGACAAAGAAUAG